UUCUUGGUCUCGAUCGCGAUUGUAUGAGGAUUCGCGGAGUGCUACGUCCACCAAGUUAGAAGGAGCUGGUAGACUCUGAUAUACGCAUAUUAAAAUGGCGACGUUGAUACGACGAAUCUACUAUGGAUAUAGGUAUAUCAACGACGAACUAUCAGAUCCACGAACGCAGGACUUUUUCCUGAUUGGUUCGCCAUGGGCCACGGUAGGUAUCUUAGUGUUCUACUUGUAUUUCGUGCACGAACUGGGACCGAAUUUGAUGGCAAAGAGGAAACCCUUCGACCUGAAGAGGGUUAUGCAGUUGUACAACGUUAUACAGAUAGUAUUAUGCUCGUAUCUAGUAUACCAGGCAAUCAUUCUGGCUUGGCUAGAUGAAUAUAAUAUCUAUUGUGAACCAGUCGAUUAUUCGUGGACCCCUCACGCUAUACGUAUCGCCAGGGUAGUCUGGUUAUAUUUUAUCGUGAAGCUACUCGACCUGCUGGACACUGUAUUCUUCGUUCUCCGAAAAAAGCAGAAUCAGGUGUCGUUUCUUCAUGUUUACCAUCACGCCGGAAUGUCCUUUGGUACUUGGGCAGCGACGAAAUUCUUGGCCGGCGGUCAUCUCACCUUCUUAGGUUCGCUUAACUCGUUCGUCCACGUCGUGAUGUACAGCUACUACUUGGCGACCUCGCUACGAAUAAGUAGACCCUGGUGGAAGAAGUACAUCACUCAGCUGCAGCUGUUCCAGUUUUUCUUGAUAAUGUUGCAUUUCGUUGUUCUUGUCUGGGUAGAGGACUGCGGAUUCCCAAAAUGGACGGCGGCCGUGUUGAUACCACAGAAUCUCUUCAUGAUGGUUCUGUUCGGUGAUUUCUACUACAAAACGUACAUCAGGAAACCGAGACCGAAAGUUAGCCAGAACGGCAACGCCACGGAGGCCACGAACGGGAAGCUGAAGAGUCAAUAAAAACGUUGUUCCGUGGCCCCAUCGCACGUUCCGAUACGUUCCAGAGCCUUCGCACGUUUCGAUGUCGCUCCGUUUCCGUCGCGCGAGGUGCAAGUGCCCAAAAAAAGUACUUGUACCAAGAACAUCCUUUCGGAAACAGAACCGAUGCCAUCAUUUUCCCCCUCGAUCAUAGACA